CUUUUUUUAAAAUAUAAAAAAAAUGGUUAAAAACUCAGCACAAGACCCAUAAGAUAAUUCACUCUAAAUGAAAAUCAGAUAAUAUUUGGUUUCCGGAAGAAGACUUCCAUCAAAGGAAGAUCCAAAUCCCAAAGUGAUUAGUAUGAGAAUCUUUGCAAGAAACACAGUCGCUGCCAAAAGCAGAUUCUGGUGGAAUUUGAGAAGGUUGAAUAAACUCAGACCAUCACAUGGAUAGAUCUUAGCAGUAUAAGAAUUAUUUGAAAGAAGAGACACAAACGUUAAAACAUACGGAAUUGUGCUUAAAUACUAAUCAAGAACAACCAUUCACAAUAUGUACAAAGAAUUUAGAGACACAACCUUAAAUGGAGCAGUCUCUUAAUUAUAUCAAGAAAUGGCUGGAAAUCAUAGAGCUUAACCAUAAACAAUUCACAUUCUCAGAACAACAGUAUUAACAAAGAGUGCUGAUAUCAAGAGAGCAAAGACUAAUUAAUACAGAGGUGACUCAAUCAAAUUCCCAAUUGUCAAAACAGUUCCAAGAGCUAGUCACAAAAAGUUCAGAACAGUGUUCAAAGCCAAAAGACCCAACCUCUACAGAUCAUGAAAAUGUUAUUUUAGUACAAUAAUCAUCAUAUAAUAAUAUUUAAUAUAAUUCAUAA